AGAUGUAAAAAAAACUCAAAAUCUCUUAUAUUAUAGGAUGGAGGGAGUACAAACUUGAAAUUUUAGAUUCAUUUAUUUUUCUAAAAAAAACUUUUAUAUAAAAAGUAUUUUGUAUAAAUCGCAUCAUUUAAUACUUUAGAAGAUGUGGUUACGAUGAAUGGGGGAAUCAUAGCUAGGGAGUAGCUUAGCCGAGCCGUACAAACAACCAGCGUGAGAGAACGAGCAACCUGGCACCAACGGCGAUCGAACCGCGGCCGCACGUACGGCGAAAAUGUCAGCGGCGCGGCCCGCAUGGGCCACCACGGCGUGGGCGCGAGCCGCGAGGUUGGCUUGCCGAGAGGCGCAAGGAGGCGCUGGCCUUGGCGACGACGAUGACGACGAGGACGCCGUGGCGCACUCAACCGCGCAGGCGAUCGAGGUCAAGCACCACCCGCCCACGCCCACGCGCGCGCACGCACAGUACAGUAGUCGCGCACACAUCGCCCAUGUGUGCGGUGGUCGGAGCCGUCACGCAAGCGAUCUCGCGGGCACGCACAUGCGGCGCGGGGCACACAGGUUUGCCGUCGCGGCAAGCGGAAGAAGGUCGCGCCGGGGCAGGGUCAGGUGAAGGUCAGGUCGGCCGCUGCUGUCGCGGUAGCCCGCCCGGCCCCGACAGAGCACGGCGCUUGCCGAUACACUUCCGCUACUCCCGAUGGGGACGCCAUGCUUUGUCCUUGGUGUCACCACACUGUCCCUCCUUGGUGCGAGAUAGGGUAGGAGUACUACAAUACGGGAGUCGCGUGCUUGCUCGGAUUCUCGAACGUACUAGGGCUACAGUAUCUUUUUACACGCAUCCGGUGCCAGCGAGGAGGGCUCGGUGCAUCUCACACCGUUGGAUCCGAUACGAUCGUACUGCCUGCCAGGCUGCCACUGGCCAGUGCAUCGUCUACAUACAACGGCUGUGUACGGGCUCCAUCUCAAAAUACAACAAUAUAAGAUUAGAUGAGACAUUUCCUAGUCCUAUAGCUCGUCCAUAUUUAUGGUACUAAGAAUUAUCUCAUCUGAUUUUAUAUUCUUAUAUUUUAGGAUGGAGGGAGUAGUAGUUCUUCAGAAUGUGUUUGUUUUAGCUUUCUCCAGAAGCCGGGUAAUCAAUAUUUAGCCUGUUAUAAAAAAGAAAACUAGUUCUUGUUCGCUUUGCUCUGCGUUCUGCACUGGGCCGUUGGCUAGUAGGGCCGCAACUUCCACUACAACAAUUAGGCCCAGGAUACGCCCAUCAGCUCAGAGCCUGAGAAGUGAGAACCAAGUUAGCAGUUGGCAGUUGAUUGGCACGUCGGUCAAACGAGGCAACCAAUCGCCGAGUCAUACUAGACAUGCAAGAAUGCAAGAUUGCAGCUACGCCAAUGCGGCCCACGUAGUCGCAAUCUCCACUAUUCCCUCCCUGGCUGAAGACUCCAAAACCGCCGCCGCCUCCUCCUCCUGGGACCUGGGCUCCUGGCUUGCCGCUCGACCAUCCGCGCUCUUUACCUGCUAUUAAUUCGCUCUCCGCCCUCUGCAUUGCACCAUCUCGCGAUCGGUAAUGACGACGACGAACCACCUCGUCUCCCCCGCGCUGCUGCUGCUUCUCGCCCUCCUCGGCGCAUCGGUCCGGCGUGCCGGCGCCACCACCUUCGAGGUCGGUGGGGAACACGGCUGGGCCGUGCCGCCGGCCAAAGACGCCGGCGUGUACAACGACUGGGCGUCCAAGAACCGCUUCCUCGUCGGCGACAGCGUCCAUUUCAAGUACGCGAAGGACUCGGUGAUGGUAGUGACGGAAGACGACUACAACAAGUGCAAGGCGGAGCACCCGAUCUUCUUCUCCAACAACGGCGACACGGAGGUGGGGCUGGACCGGCAGGGCCUCUUCUACUUCAUCAGCGGCGUCGCCGGCCACUGCGAGCGUGGGCAGAGGAUGGUCAUCAAGGUCAUCGGCCACGACGCGCCUCCGCCGGCCAGCCCGCCGCCGCCGCCGUCGAACGCUCCCCCUACACCGCCUCACCCCAGCGGCGCCGCCUCCGCGCUAGGCGCCGGCGGACUCGCCGUCGCGGCCAUGCUGCUGCCGGUCUUCGUGUACGGUGUCUGAUGGUCACCGUAGCUGCAUGCACCUGCGUGCAUGCCCGAUCGAAUUGAUAUCGUCUUGUAGAUUGUCAGGUCUUUGCGAGUGUUAUGCUUAGUGAUUUUUGACGUGCUCGUUCAUUGCAAUCUCGUGUAAUUCUUACUUAGAUUUUUUUUUUGUAUUUGGAAUUGACUUUGGAUAAUUUAUUUGUGACUUUGCUGAAUGUUGCAUCCCAAACCUUCAGUUUGCA